AUGUCUGUGACGCUGGCGGAUCCGUACCGAGAUUAUGCUCUUGAUUAUGCCCAACAUGCUAAACCGGAGGGGCAUGAGAACGCACUCGCCUACCAAACGCAGCAUUCGCAUCUUCAACGUCAUAAAGAGGCCAACCCUCCGUUCCCGCAGGGGAGCCCACACAGCACGGCAUACGAGCAACAUCAUGCAAGCACGACCGUUCUCCCAGCAGCAAAUCCCGACAUUUCCCAGUCCGUUGUUCUCACACCAGCGCACAUGCUCCCUAGACAGCUUCCGAUGCAGUACACCCCUACCACCUUCGAGAUCCCACCAGUUCAACGCGGCAAGAAGCGACCCCAUUCCGAGGCGGAAGGCGAGGGUGACUACGGGGACCAUGGAGUUCGCCCGCGCUUGUCAGCGCUUUCCACGCAGGCCUCUACAGAGACAGCACAAUCCCCUGGGAUGCUCUUUUCUGUCCAAGGCGAUUCUUCACAGCAACAAGCACACCAUCAACAGCAACAGCAGCCGCCACAACAACACCACCAUCACCACCACCAUCAACCGAUGCCGAGCCAUGGAUUCGGGCCACCUGAGUCGAUGGCGCUGCCCCAACAACAUCACCACCAUCAGCGGCAUGGCAUGAACGUGGAAACGUCUCCUAUACCUUCUGGUCUACCAAGUGUGGUGGGCCAACCAGGCAUGCCUGAUCCGGCUCCCAGGCCACGAGGCCCGAAACUUAAAUUUACGCAAGAGGAGGACGCCCUACUGGUUGAGUUGAAAGAGAACAAGAACCUGACGUGGAAGCAAAUUGCCGAUUUCUUUCCUGGUCGAACGAGUGGCACGCUGCAAGUUCGUUAUUGUACCAAGCUGAAGGCCAAGGAUGUGACAUGGACCGAUGAGAUGGUUCAACGACUACAGCGUGCGAUACAAGAGUACGAGAAUGAUCGAUGGCGAAUAAUCGCAGGGAAGGUUGGCAAUGGCUUUACCCCAGCAGCUUGUCGAGAAAAGGCGUCUCAGCUGUGA